UAUAAGGCUGUCUGCAAGAAAUUUGGACUACAUGUGAGUCGGCUGAUGUUGGCGUUCUUAGUCCUCAGCACUGGAAUGUUCUGCUCAUCUGCAGCUUUCCUCCCGAGCAGUUUCUGCAUGUACACCACCAUGAUUGCUAUGACUGGCUGGUAUAUGGAUAAGACCUCUGUAGCUGUGUUGGCGGUGGCUGCAGGAGCCCUUGUGGCCUGGCCCUUCAGUGCAGCCCUUGGCCUUCCUAUUGCCUUUGACUUGCUAAUCAUGAAGCAGAGGUGGAAAAGCUUCCUAAAUUGGUGUGUGGUGUCAUUGAUCAUGUUUCUGGUGCCCUUGGUAAUUGUGGACAGCUAUUACUAUGGGAAGCUGGUAGUUGCGCCUCUCAACAUUGUCUUAUACAAUGUCUUCACCUCUCAUGGACCUGAUCUGUAUGGUACUGAACACUGGUCCUUCUAUUUCAUCAACGGCUUUUUGAAUUUCAAUGUGGCAUUUAUUUUGGCUCUACUUGUCCUGCCAUUGACUUGUCUCAUGGAGUGCCUGCUCCAGAAAUUUCAUGUUCAGAAUCUGGGCCGUCCUUACUGGCUGACACUAGCUCCCAUGUACAUUUGGAUCGUGAUUUUCUUCAGUCAGCCCCACAAAGAGGAGAGGUUUCUCUUUCCCAUCUAUCCUCUCAUCUGCCUUUGUGGUGCUGUGGCGCUCUCUGCUCUUCAGUGUUACCACUUCAUAUUCCAGCGUUACCGCUUAGAACACUACACAGUCUCCUCCAACUGGCUGGCUCUGGGGACUGUCUUUCUUUUUGGCCUCUUGUCAUUGUCACGCUCGGUUGCCUUAUUCAGAGGCUACCAUGGGCCUCUGGACUUAUACCCAGAAUUUCACAGAAUUGCCACUGACCCAACUAUUCACACUGUGCCAGAGGGGAGACCAGUUAACGUCUGUGUGGGAAAGGAGUGGUACAGAUUUCCAAGCAGCUUUCUCUUGCCAGAUAAUUGGCAGCUCCAGUUCAUCCUGUCAGAAUUCAGGGGCCAGUUACCGAAACAAUUUGCCAAGGGACCAAUGGCAACGCGGAUCAUUCCUACUGACAUGAACGACCAGAACAGGGAAGAGCCAUCUCGCUAUAUUGACAUUUCUAAAUGCCAUUAUCUGGUGGACUUGGAUACAGCAGCUGAAGCCCCAAGGGAGCCAAGGUAUUCCUCCAACAAAGAAGAGUGGGUCACCAUUGCCUACAAGCCAUUCCUAGAUGCUUCCAGGUCCUCAAAGCUACUGCGUGCGUUCUACAUCCCUCUCCUGUCAGAGCAGCACACAUGGUAUGCAAACUACACUAUUCUGAAAUCCCGGAGGUUGAAGCAAAUCAGGAAAAAAAUGGGAGGCUAGCAAUGUACCUGCUGAAAACAAUCGCAAGCAU